UCUGUCUUGAGUGACAGUCACAUGGAGGCAUGGUGUUGAGUUCUUGCUGCAGCUCAAACAUCCUUCACCCCAGCUCUGCAUUAGUGCUGCCAGUGUGAGCCUCCUGGGACACAGCUGUGUCACUGCAGCAGGUUCUCAGAGAUUCCUUGUUGGCUUAGGGUCUGCCUUUUUUGGCCCAUGGAAUCAUAUACUAUGCUUCCAGUCUUUUUAUAGUUGUUGUUUCCUCCAUGUUUUUACUUCUUCUUUUUUUCUGUUUGUUUUGGUCUCUAUCUUUCAUUAGAACUAAGCUUUCCUCACAGCUUGCAAAAUUUUGUUCCUUUCAGUUCUCCCUGUCCUGUUUUAAAAUUUUAAAAAAUAUCUCUUUAGUUAAUUUUAGUGGGAGGGGGUAAAAUAGAUGUGUAUAUUCUGUUGCCAUAUUAGUUUGUGAUUAUGUUUCAAUAGUUUUCAGUUAUUUCACAUGCAUUUUUUGAAACUAGAAUGUAGGUUUGAAGACAGGAACUUGACAUCACAUUUUCACCCCUCAUUCCACACAGUGAGCACGGUUGGUAACGAAGCUGACUGAGAUGGUGAGCACAGCCGGCCUUUGAAAAUGCAGUGAUGUAAAGGUGGUCUCUUAACAUGCAUGUCUUUCUUGUCAGAUUCUCUUUGACUGCUAUGGAAAGAGGAAAGAGAAACUAGGAAUAUUCCUGCAAACCAUCAUUGACGUCUUCGUAGAGCUGCUGUAGCCUUCUGAACUAAUAUGAUAGGUACCUAGCAUCUAGCAAAAUAAUGGCAGCUGCUUACCUGGACCCAAACUUGAAUCACACACCAAAUUCGAGUACCAAGACGCACCUGGGUACCAGUGUGGAACGUUCCACGGGAACCAUGGAGCGCGUGCUAAAAGUCUUUCAUUAUUUUGAAAGCAACAGCGAGCCGACCACUUGGGCCAGUAUUAUCAGGCAUGGAGAUGCUACUGAUGUCAGGGGCAUCAUUCAGAAGAUAGUGGACAGUCACAAAGUAAAGCACGUGGCCUGCUAUGGAUUUCGGCUCAGUCACCUGCGGUCAGAGGAGGUUCACUGGCUCCACUUGGACAUGGGCGUCUCCAGCGUGAGGGAGAAGUAUGAGCUCGCACACCCGCCGGAGGAGUGGAAAUAUGAAUUGAGAAUUCGUUAUUUGCCAAAAGGAUUUCUAAACCAGUUUACUGAAGACAAGCCAACUUUGAAUUUCUUCUAUCAACAGGUGAAGAGCGAUUAUAUGUUAGAGAUAGCUGACCAAGUAGACCAGGAUAUUGCUUUGAAGUUGGGUUGUCUAGAAAUACGGCGAUCGUACUGGGAGAUGCGGGGCAAUGCGCUAGAGAAGAAGUCUAACUAUGAAGUAUUAGAAAAAGAUGUUGGUUUGAAGCGGUUUUUCCCUAGGAGUUUACUGGAUUCUGUCAAGGCCAAAACACUAAGAAAACUGAUCCAACAGACAUUUAGACAGUUUGCCAACCUCAACAGAGAAGAGAGUAUCCUGAAAUUCUUUGAGAUCCUCUCCCCAGUGUACAGAUUUGAUAAGGAGUGCUUCAAGUGUGCUCUUGGUUCAAGCUGGAUUAUUUCCGUGGAGCUGGCAAUCGGCCCCGAGGAAGGCAUCAGCUACCUCACAGACAAGGGCUGCAAUCCCACACAUCUGGCUGACUUCAAUCAAGUACAGACCAUUCAGUAUUCAAACAGUGAAGACAAGGACAGAAAAGGAAUGCUACAGCUAAAAAUAGCAGGCGCGCCGGAGCCUCUGACAGUGACAGCACCGUCCCUGACUAUUGCCGAGAACAUGGCUGACUUGAUCGAUGGGUACUGCCGGCUGGUGAAUGGGGCCUCGCAGUCUUUCAUCAUCAGACCCCAGAAAGAAGGUGAACGGGCUUUGCCAUCAAUACCAAAGCUGGCCAACAGUGAAAAGCAGGGCAUGCGGACACACGCAGUCUCUGUGUCAGAAACAGACGACUAUGCUGAGAUCAUAGAUGAAGAAGAUACCUACACCAUGCCCUCAACCAGGGAUUAUGAGAUUCAAAGAGAAAGAAUAGAGCUUGGACGGUGUAUUGGAGAAGGCCAGUUUGGAGACGUCCAUCAAGGCAUUUACUUGAGCCCAGAGAAUCCAGCUUUGGCGGUUGCAAUUAAAACAUGUAAAAACUGUACUUCCGACAGCGUGAGAGAGAAAUUCCUUCAGGAAGCCUUGACCAUGCGCCAGUUUGACCACCCUCACAUCGUGAAGCUGAUAGGUGUCAUCACAGAAAACCCUGUCUGGAUCAUCAUGGAGCUGUGCACACUUGGAGAGCUGAGGUCAUUUCUGCAAGUCCGGAAGUACAACUUGGACCUGGCGUCUUUGAUCCUGUAUGCCUACCAGCUUAGCACAGCUCUCGCAUACCUGGAGAGCAAGAGAUUUGUGCAUAGGGACAUUGCUGCUCGGAAUGUCCUGGUGUCUUCAAAUGAUUGUGUGAAAUUAGGAGACUUUGGAUUAUCCCGAUAUAUGGAAGACAGUACUUACUACAAAGCUUCCAAAGGAAAAUUGCCUAUUAAAUGGAUGGCUCCAGAGUCAAUCAAUUUUCGACGUUUUACCUCAGCUAGUGAUGUGUGGAUGUUUGGUGUAUGUAUGUGGGAGAUACUGAUGCAUGGUGUGAAGCCUUUUCAAGGAGUGAAGAACAAUGAUGUGAUCGGGCGAAUUGAGAAUGGGGAGAGAUUGCCAAUGCCUCCAAAUUGCCCUCCCACCCUCUACAGCCUUAUGACGAAAUGCUGGGCCUAUGACCCCAGCAGGCGGCCCCGGUUCACUGAGCUCAAGGCUCAGCUCAGCACAAUCCUGGAGGAGGAGAAGGCUCAGCACGAAGAACGCUUGAGGAUGGAGUCCAGAAGACAGGUCACCGUGUCUUGGGACUCUGGAGGGUCCGACGAAGCUCCACCCAAGCCCAGCAGACCUGGUUAUCCUAGUCCAAGGUCCAGUGAAGGAUUUUAUCCCAGCCCACAGCACAUGGUGCAGACCAAUCAUUACCAGGUCUCUGGCUACCCUGGCUCACACGGAAUCACAGCCAUGGCGGGCAGCAUGUACCUGGGGCAGGCAUCCCUUUUGGACCAAACAGAUUCUUGGAAUCACAGACCACAGGAGAUAUCAAUGUGGCAGCCCAACAUGGAGGACUCUGCGGCGCUGGACCUACGUGGGAUCGGGCAGGUGUUGCCAACACACCUGAUGGAGGAGCGGCUGAUUCGGCAGCAGCAGGAGAUGGAGGAAGACCAGCGCUGGCUAGAGAAAGAGGAGAGGUUUCUGAAACCUGAUGUGCGGCUCUCUCGAGGCAGUGUGGACAGGGAGGAUGGGAGUCUCCAGGGCCCGACUGGAAACCAACACAUUUAUCAGCCUGUGGGGAAACCAGAUCCUGCAGGUCCGCCAAAGAAGCCACCACGCCCCGGAGCCCCCGGGCACCUGGGCAGCCUUGCCAGCCUUAGCAGCCCUGGGGACAGUUACAAUGAGGGCGUCAAGCUUCAGCCCCAGGAAAUCAGCCCCCCACCCACUGCCAACCUGGACCGCUCCAAUGACAGGGUGUAUGAGAACGUGACGGGCCUGGUGAAGGCUGUCAUUGAAAUGUCCAGCAAGAUCCAGCCAGCCCCACCUGAGGAGUAUGUCCCCAUGGUGAAGGAAGUCGGCCUGGCCCUGCGGACAUUGUUGGCCACUGUGGAUGAGACCAUCCCCAGCCUGCCAGCCAGCACUCACCGUGAGAUCGAGAUGGCCCAGAAGCUGCUGAACUCAGACCUAGGCGAGCUCAUCAACAAGAUGAAGCUGGCCCAGCAGUACGUCAUGACCAGCCUGCAGCAGGAGUACAAGAAGCAGAUGCUGACUGCUGCUCAUGCCCUGGCCGUAGAUGCCAAGAACUUGCUGGACGUCAUUGACCAGGCCAGACUGAAGAUGCUGGGGCAGACGAGACCACACUGAGCCCAAGGAGCCCCUUGCUUCUUUCCAACAUCUGUCCGUGUGCCACCAGCAGCCAGGGACGCCAUCCUCAGUGCCAGCACUGACCGCACCAACACUUUUGACCUGACAGCUGGUUGAUAAUCUCUCAUAAGUUUAACCACAUUUUGAUUUGGAUUCAUUUUUUGUUUUUUUUUUGAAUCAUGAUGUUCAGAAAAGUCCAGGAUCCAAAAUGUGGUGGUUUUCUGAGAAUGAAACUGUCCAUGAGAAGCUUUUAGGGAUCAUGAAGAGACUGUAGGAUAUGUUUCCAUGGGAACGGCCAGAACUUGCUGGGAAGCAAGAGGAUGAGGGGCGAUCCAGUAGUACCCAGACUGGAACGUUUGCGGUCGGCAGAGCACUUCGGUUGCAAUAUGCUGAUACCACUUUACAAAGAAAGAAUAUAAAAGCUAUAUUUUGAAGACUUGAGUCAUUUCAGAAAAAGAACUACAGCCCUUUCAUUUUUUCUGCCUUUUCCUUUCACGUGGGUCUGUGAAGUGUUUGGAAACUAGCUGUAGAACACACUAAAAACACUCUUUUCACCAGAAUAAUGUGCCAGUUUUUGUAGCAAUGUUCUUUGGGAGCAGAAAUGCUUUGUACCAGAGCCCCUCCAAACUGCAUUGAGAAGAGGUUCUGGAACCGUCUCCGUUUCCAUUUUUAUAUAAUUUAUAAAGAAAGAGUAAAGCCAUGUUGACUAUUUUACAGCCGCUGGAGCUCACUAACCUUCCUUGUGUCUGUCUUCCCAGGAGGGGGUCAGCAAACCGAGAGACAGUGCUCUCUGCUGUCCAGCUACCACCUACUCUGCUCAGUACCUUUGAGAACUACACCCUCCCUUUAGUUUGUUGGGGGAUAUAAAUUAUUCUCAGGAAGAAUAUAAUGAACUGUACAGUUACUUUGACCUAUUAAAAAGGUGUUACCAGUAAAGGUUCCAGUA